GUGUCCAUGCGGUCACGCCUUCUGUGAUACAAUUCAGGUGAUCCAAUGGCUGCGCGAACCACCACUAGUCGCCCCCAGCGCUGCGGUAGUCCUUCACCGCGCUGUGAUGUCUCUCUCAUCGCCGACCCAACGUCACGUCCGCACUUGAACUUAAAUUUCAUCCCAUUCUUCAGAGGCAACCCCUGCCACACACGCACGGGGUACUUCCACAGAGACAGGACUCGUCACGCCUAAUGCGAAGAACUAAAGAAAUAGUGGACCUUGACAGAGUUGGAGAGGAGGUGGUGUCUUAAUUGUCGCCGGCCUCUUGUCUGAGUCUGCAUGAGCGAAGAGUUGCAAGUCUGCGCACUGAUGCCAGAGCACAUGGAGAUCGGUGCCAACGGUUCCAUCACUUGGCAUUCCAAAUGCGCAGAGGAAUUUGGAAUUUAGAAUCAUUUUAAUACAGACUUUAAAAGCAAGACUGUACGGCAUCUAUGCAAAAACCAACUGGAAGAUAACUAGUUGUAGUCUACAUGGUUUUGUAAGGAUUGUUCUGAGAAUAGUGUAAAUUAAGCGCACUUCGUUCGUCACUUUUCCGUGGAGAAAAGAGGUUGCAAAUCAACUUGGGACAUAACUGUCACGUUAUUUCGCUUCCACUUUGCCUAAACAACGUUCCAGGAACAUAUCGCUCUCACCAGACUUUUACGCACCGUGAUUUCAGUUCAGGUGCUCAUGUUGUUGGUCAACAGACGGUUUUGUGAGACACCGCGUACGCGUCAAACCACGAGACUUACUUGGUGGACUCUAGUGGACAGGUCUUUUUUUCAUUGAACUGAUUGAGUAUAAUAGUACCAAUAGGGAAAAACAACCUCUCCCCACGAAGAAAAGAAAAACAUUUGGAGCAUUUCGGAAAAGUUACUGGAAAUCACAGGGGAGGAAACGGGAGCAGCUGACUCAAGUGCAGGUCUCCGGGCGAUGCGAGUGUAAAUGCCAGGGCAAUGUCCCGUCGUAAGCAGGGGAACCCACAGCACUUAUCCUUGUCGCAGAGGGAGACAAUACGACCAGCAGAGGCCAAUCAUGAGGCGGAGGCGGGUCAGCGCUCCCCAGCGGUCUCUGUGCCCAGCCCGGUGGGCAGCGUCGGCGAGCAUGACCUCCUGACCUGCGGCCAGUGCCAGACCAACUUCCCGCUCGGCGACAUCUUGCUGUUCAUCGAGCACAAGCGGCGGAUGUGCCGUGUCGGCGGCGUGCCGGACUGCUACGACAAGCCGGGCAACCGCGGCAGCCCUUCGCCGCUGCGCAACCGGCACGAGGGAGGCCACCGGCGGCCCGUGGAGGUGGGCGUCCAAGUGACCCCUGAGGAGCAUGAGGACAGGAGGCUGACGCCUGCCAAGGGGAUCUGCCCCAAACAGGAGAGCAUCCCAACAGGUAAAGAUGAGCCCACCACUUACAUCUGCACCACAUGCAAGCAGACCUUCACCAGCGCCUGGUUCCUGCUCCAGCACGCCCAGAACACGCACGGCAUCCGCAUCUACCUGGACACACACCUGACCGGCGGCUCGCUGACGCCACGCAUGGCGCUGCCGCCGCCACUGGGCGCCGACUCGCUGCCCCGCUCGCCCCUGGCCAGCUUCCUGGGCGACGCCAGCAACCCCAUCCACCUGCUGCGCAUGGCCGCUCCGCUCCUCCGCGAGCCCCCGCCUCCGCUGCCGCCGCCUCCUCCUCCGCCGGGCUACAUGGACACGCGGCUGCCGUCCACGCCACCCUUCGUGAGCCCGCCGCCACCGCCGCGCCACCACCACCCCCACCACCACCACCCGCACCACCACCCGCACCACCACCCGCACCCGCUGGAGCGCCUGGGCCCCGAGGAGAUGGGCAUGCUGUCGCAGCACCCGAGCGCCUUUGAGCGUGUCAUGCGCCUGGCGCCCAUGCCCGUGGAGCCGCCGCCGCCCACCAUGGACUUCUCGCGGCGGCUGCGCGAGCUCGCCGGCAACAGCAACGGGAGCGGCGCCGGCGCCGGAGCCGGAGGGGGGCCCACGCCACCAGUCUCCCCCAACCGCGUGCCGCCCAUGCACCGGCUGCUUAGCCCCACGCUCUUCCAGCACGGCGGUAGCGCCAGCAAGCCGCCAGGCUCCUUCCUGAGCGGGCCGCCACCGCACAGCGUCCUGCUGGCUGCCCAGCAACAGCAACAGCAGCAGCAGCAGCAGCAGCAGCAGCAGCAGAUCCGGGGCAGUGGCGCCUCGUCGCCCCUGGGCAUGAGCGGCAAGUCCAAGUCGUGCGAGUUCUGCGGCAAGACCUUCAAGUUCCAGAGCAACCUGAUCGUGCACCGCCGGAGCCACACGGGCGAGCGCCCGUACAAGUGCCACCUGUGCGACCACGCCUGCUCGCAAGCCAGCAAGCUCAAGCGCCACAUGAAGACCCACAUGCACAAGGCGGGCUCCGUGAGCAGCUCUCCGGAGCCCAGCGGCGGCAAGGACGCGUCCGGCGAGCAGCAGCACAGGGGCCGGGACAACGCGGCCGGCGGAGGGGAAGGCAGCACCGGCCAGGAGAACGAGGAGGAUGAGGAGGAGGAAGAGGAGGAGGAGGAGGAGGAGGAAGAGGAGGAGGAGCCGCAGCAGAACGGAGGCCGACCCAACUCCAACCUUAGCAUGGAGUCGGAGUUCAACAACCGCAACAGGGAGAACGGGCCACACACGUCGCCUGGCGACAACAAGGCCACCGCGGCAAUGGAGAGGAUGGUGCACGGCCCCUACAACAAUAUCAACCUUGACAAUCAGCUGAGGAUGCCUCUACAUGGGCAGCCUCCCCGAGACCGGACCUCCGAGGAAGAGGAGGAGGAGGAGGAGGAAGAGGAGGACCCAGCCGCGAGGGAGAGGAGACACCAGGCAGAGCAGGGCCCCAUCGUCAACGGGCGCAACUGCGGCUCGGAGGACUCUCUCCCUGGCAUGCUGUUCCGCCGCAAGCCGACUCCCAUCUCCAGCCCGGGCCUCCAGGCGUCCAAGCGCAUCAAGGUGGAGAAAGACCUGGAGCUGCCGCCCUUGCCGCUCAUCUCCUCGGAGAACGUCUACUCGCAGCUGCUGGCCGGCUACGCCGCCUCGCGCCACUUCAUCCGCGGUGAGCACUUCCUGGGCUUCGCCGACGCGCGCCAGUCGCCCUUCGCCACCUCGUCCGAGCACUCGUCCUCGGAGACGGGCAGCCUGCGCUUCUCCACGCCGCCUUGCGGCGGCGACCUGGACGGCGGCGGCGCUCUCUCGGGCCGCGGCAGCGGCUGCGGUAGCGGCAGCAGCACGCCGCACCUGCACCGCGGCCCGGGCCCCGGGCGGCCGCCCAGCUCCAAGGACCGGCGCAACGACACGUGCGAGUUCUGCGGCAAGGUGUUCAAGAACUGCAGCAACCUGACGGUGCACCGGCGCAGUCACACCGGCGAGCGGCCGUACAAGUGUGACCUGUGCAGCUACGCCUGCGCCCAGAGCAGCAAGCUCACGCGCCACAUGAAGACGCACGGCCAGUUCGGCAAGGAGGUCUACCGCUGUGACAUCUGCCACAUGCCCUUCAGCGUCUACAGCACCCUGGAGAAGCACAUGAAGAAGUGGCACGGCGAACACUUGAUGGCCAACGAGGUCAAACUAGAGCAGGCCGAUCGGGUGUAGACACCACUCUAUGUUCCUUCACCAGACUUUGUCAUGAGGCUUAAUGGAUGAUCUUUUUGUUUGUUUUUGUUUUUUGCUCUUUCCUGACGUGAGACUUGUGGAAUGACCUUUUCUUUUUUGUUUGUUUGUUUGUUUGUUUGUUUAAUUUGUUUCUUGUUACAGAAAAAAAAUGCCACCUGAGAAAAAAAGAGGAACUGGAAGUGUCCUGUUUUAAAGUCUUCAAAACAAGAGUGAAAGAGGAAAAAGACAAAAAGCCCUGUUUGGCAUCUCCCAACAGCAAAGGAUUUUAGUUGUGUAGGAAUCCAUGGAGCCUUUCUACUGUGCAAUAAUAUCUGUAUUUAUUGGGUUUGUAUUGAAUCAAGGCAUGUGCAGGUACAUUAUCAAGGCAUAUUGAUACUUUCUCAAAGAGAUAGUUUUGAAAUAUGCUGGACUUUGAAAAAAAAAAAACCCAGGCUACAAUGUUAAGACAUAUACUGAGAUGCUGGCAUAGUGCCACGUUUUAAAUUCACCAGUUGUUUUGUUUGCUUGUUUUUUCCAGGGAAGUGGUUAUGUACCCAGUAGAAUAAUUUCCCAUGAAGAGAUCAACUUCUAAAAACAAUCCAAGAUACGCAUUUUUUUUAUACAUAAGGAUAUAAGCUUACAACAAUCCCUUUAUCAUUAUUUGUAUUAUUGUUAUUUCAUUAGGUGAAAGCACUGAAUAUGUCAGCUUGACAAUAAAUAUAAAUUUUAAAAAUGAGAGGAUUUUGAAAAAAUCCCUGAGCAUUUAAGGCAGCUAAAAGUUAGACUGCCCUGUGAUUGAAAAGAAAAAAAAACAAUGACCCUUCUAACCCAAUCAUCAUACACACAAACAUGGGCAAAUGCAGUGGAUGAUCUCUGAAUAUAGCUAGAACCUCUUGAAUACCAAGAAGAGCUCAUUUGUGUGAAGAAAAAAAAUCAGUGAUAAGUUUACUUGGGGGGAGAAGUUACAGGGAGAUUUGGAUGUAGUUGUCCAGAUCCUCGCAAUGCAAUUUUAAGAUUAUCAAAAUGUUUACGUUGGCAUCUUGUCAUCCCUCUUAUCGUCGUUUGUUUGUUUACUUGAUUCUCCCUCAUCCGAGCAGACUCGGGCGUGCUUUUUAGCACUGUGGAAGCGUAGCGCUUGCCACAGCCAAUGUGUUACAUUCCAAAAUCUGUUAGACAUUAACACUGAUCUCGCAGACAUCCCUCUGGCUGUCCGGGCUUUUCCCAGCAAAGCACUGCCGCCACCUCAUCCGCCUGCUCGUUCUCUUGCUCACUCGCACUCAAACUGUGCCGUGUUUCCAGACGCCAUGCCGUGCACUAGCCGUCCAGAGACACAGCCUGAUUGGUUACACUUCACACUUGAAAUGUUACACUGUGCUCCCAUCUUCUGAGCCCACCACCCCCACCCCCCCACCCCCCGGUCUGUGUGUGUGUGUGUGUGUGUGUUUGUGUGUGUGUGCAAUGCAUGUCCCGGACGAGUGCUUCAUCCACCAUGGACCCCGGGAACGAAAAUGAUUUUCUCAUUAACGCCUCACUCUCUCUCUUCCUCCCUUCUCUGUCUCUCUUUUUCUCUCCAUGUCACACACACUCUCUCCCUCCCUCUCUCUCUCUCUUUCACACACACACACACACACACACACACACACACACACACACACACACACACACACACACACACAACUCCCAGUGGCUCUGAGCCUCCCCAUCCACCUGCAGCCUUUCAGUGCUCAUCAAAUCAGCUUCAUACAUCUGAGAGUGCGGAACGCAGUGCACAGAGCGAGGGCCUAUUCACUCCACCAAUCACUCUCGCUCUCUCCACGGCCGAUUUCAGCGCCGUGUUGUUCCCAUUGGCGUCGCUUAUGUUUUACGUGGUUUAAUUUUAGCACACAUAGCCCCUGCCCUCACACACACACAUACAUUCAAUUCAUAUCUGAACUGGAAUUGUACACUAACAAAAAAAUGAAACGCAGCACAUUCAUCUCUCAAAGACGCGGAUGACAAGAGGGCACGGGAGAGAAAAAAAACAUUUAAAAAAUCUUAUUUAUAUUACUGCAACAAUCAGCCUGAUUUCUGUUCACCACACAACAUUAGCACAUAGAAAACAACAAAAGGGAACUUAAUAUCGAUGAGAAUUUGAAUUUUAAAAAGUGAGAUAUCUUAGAGUGAAAGGGCUCCAGUCAGGAUUAUGUUUUCUCUUCAAGUGCCCGGUGCUGUCAAGCCUCAACAUGUUUGCAACCCUCUUCAGUUCAUCUUGGAUGGGCCUGAGGGGGAAAUGUUGGUCUACUACAGAUUUGUCCAGAUAUUCAAUUUUACCUACUUAGUCCCUCCCCAUGUAAGCUCCUUGUUUCGGGUAACAAAAAAUUCAGAAAAGGGAACACAUUGGUAGCCAGUCAAAUUAUAGAAAGACAGUAAUUUAUAGGAUAAAUAUUUAUGAAUUUGGUGUGUUUGUGUAGUUUUAAAAGUAUGAUGCUACAUACUUUGGUUUAAAUCAGUUUUUUAUUUUUAUUUUAUUUGCCAACAGUGAAUGGAGAAAAACUGGAUUGAAAUAGGAAAAACAGUAUGAAUGACACUCUCACGUCUUACAAUAUGUUUACAGUACAGUGUUGAAGUACAAGGGUAAGGAACUCCUGUGUAUAUGUGUUUCAAAUGAGAAAGUAUUAUUUUCUCCAAUGUUUUCUAUCACUUUUCUGAAUGCCAUAGGAGCUUUUUUGGUUGGUGCAGGGGAUUAAAUGUUAAUGGAUAUACAUAUACAAUUUGUUCACUGUUAAAUACACAAUGUAUUUGUAAUUUUAAAAAUUCCAGUGGCAUUUUAUGAAAUUAAUGCAAAAAAAAUCCUUUAUAUUUUGCAGUCCAUUAUGAAAUUGUGAGUCUAUUCAAAUGUUUUUUGUCACUAUAUCUGUUACAAUUUUGGUAAAUCUAUCCUGAAUGGGAUAUUAAAAAAAUAAAAAAAACAAAACAGUGAAAAUGCAA